AGACAAAGUAAAUAUGUUGAGGUGUUAUGGAAAAUCUUGUCGUUACAUGUUUCGUAUAGUGGUUCUGUACUCGAAAUCAACCAUGUCGCAGUAGAACUCAUUUUUAUCUUUUAAGUAGUCUUGUUGUUCUCAUUAAUAGUAGUCAUAUUUACUAUAUUAUGUGUCAGUUAAGCAUUGAACUAUAAUUUGAAUCUUUUUUUUUAAGAAAACUAGUAUAUGAAUUGUAUGAAUGAAAAGUAUAUGUAACUUUUUCGUUAGCAGUUUUUAAUAGUUAUAUUUUAUUUUUUUUUAAUUUCAAGCGCAGAAGAUGACUAUGGUUUAUGUAAGCUUUCGUGAGCUUCUAAAAAUAUGUAAUAAACUGUGUAACAUAGCUUAUAGACAGAACUAGUUUAUUAGCCAUGAAAUAAAUUAUCGCGUAAUGACGGCUUCCUGCAUUUCGGAAUUACCAAAGAUGCUCAAGAAUCAGAAUCACCAGAGUCGCUUUGUGCGCAUAACGGUGUGCGGGGCGAGGGGAAGUGGUAAAACUUCGCUUAUCGAACAGCUAGUCUACGGAAUUCCGCCAGUACGAAAGAAAGCACAACCUACCAUUGAAGAUAUCUAUGCCUGUUUUGUUGAAACGGAACGUGGGGUUAGGGAAAAGCAGGUGUUCAUUCACGAUACUCAAGGAAUUGAUUCUUCGAACUACGACAUCCCACGAACACUCAUGCCACACACCGACGCCUUCAUUUUGGUGUACGCGGUCAAUGAUGUGGAAUCCUACAACAUCAUGGAACAGCUCAAAAAAGAUAUCGACAAGAACCUUUCGAAAAAGGACGUUCACUUCCUCAUCAUUGGAACAAAGUUGGAUCUCAAACAGCGGCGAGUUGAAGCGGCGGUCGCUUUGAACUGGGCAGCACGUGAAAAGGUCCGUCUUAUAGAGGUAUCUUCGCUUGACAGGAGGAGUCUCGUCGAGCCACUGCAGUAUAUCAUGAAUAAGGUAAUCCAAACACAAUCAAAGUCAACAUUCGGCAGACCAAAACUCGGGGCGCGUUCCAACACAAUUGCCAAUAUUAAUGACUAACUAUUUUCGCUGAAUUUUAUCAUCAUUUUCUGUUUAUUGGGCUGUCGUGCGUAAAAUGCAGUUUAACGUUUCCUCUGUACGGAAACAAUGCAAACUGCAGCUACCGAGUUCUGCGGAAAUUUAUGAUCGCAAGACAUGCGGUGCGCAAGUUUUGAAUGAUCUAUGAUAUAAAAUAAUACUGGAUAUAAACUGAGCAACAGCGUUCAUAAUAUUUAUUCUGUCCAUGCUUCAGAUAUUCACAUUUAUUUUAUGUAAUUGUACGUGUAUUCGUGUUGUAUAAAAAAUUAACUGUUUGUAUGUAUGCACAACGUGACAAGCAAAGUGACUGCAAAACAAGGAGUGAAAGGUGUUUUUAGGGUUACUAAUAUCAUAGUAUAUGUGUGAUUAGACUGAACCACUUUUAAAGUGGUGAGAGUAGUGAAAAUGCUGAAAAACAUAUUGAUAAAUCCCCCAAAUAAACCUAAGAGUCAUUUGAAGCUGUUACUUAACACCAAAAACUGUGGCAAUCAUCCUCGACGUGAAGCGAAAAAAAAACAGGAGAAUUAACUGAUACGUAGCACUAACCUGAUGACGACACAGUGGUAUAUUGUGCUAUAUAGAAGCGCAAACGGUGGUUACACAGAUCUUGAAAAAUCCGCUAUAAUAAAGGUACAAUGUGAUAUUUGUUCUAA